CGCUUCCUGGUGACACAGUACAAGCCACCUCAGCCGGAGGAGUCGGCGGCUGGCUGUAGUCGUGGCCGGUUUCUUCCCCUCAUUUCCCUCCCUCUUUUUCGGCGGCGCAUGUUUUGUCGUUCUCUCUUUGGGUCAAUUGCCGGUCGUGCAAUUGCUUCGCUUCUUCGCCUCCACGCUUUUGCCGCUCCUGCCUCCCUUUCACCUCGCUUGCUGCUCCUCAUGAAGCCGGUAGUUGUCUUCGUUCUCGGCGGGCCUGGAGCCGGAAAGGGAACCCAGUGUGCCCGCAUUGUGGAGAAAUACGGUUAUACUCAUCUUUCUGCGGGUGACCUCCUUCGAGAUGAGAGAAAAAGACCAGGCUCUCAGUAUGGAGAACUUAUUGAAAAUUAUAUUAAGGAUGGGAAGAUUGUACCUGUACAAAUAACAAUCAGCUUGUUAAAGAGGGCUAUGGAUGAAACUAUGGCAGCUAACUCUCAAAGGAAUAAAUUCCUAAUUGAUGGAUUUCCCAGAAAUGAAGAUAAUCUUCAGGGCUGGAACAAAACAAUGGAUGAAAAAGUGGAUGUAUCUUUUGUUCUCUUUUUUGACUGUGAUAAUGAGAUAUGUAUUAAUCGUUGUCUUGAAAGAGGAAAGAGCAGUGGCAGAAGUGAUGACAAUAGGGAAAGUUUGGAGAAAAGACUUCAUACAUAUCUAGAGUCUACUAAGCCCAUAAUAGACCUCUAUGAGACAAAGGGCAAAGUUAGGAAAGUGGAUGCCUCCAAAUCUGUUGAUGAAGUUUUUGGAAAAGUGGUGAAUAUCUUUGAAAAAGAAGGUUAGCUUUUUCCUUGAACAGAACAUCCUUCCAAAAUGCUUGAAUCUUGCUUUAAGAGCUGCUACAAUUGUCCAUUUUAUAAUAGUUAUGAAAUACGCCUCUUAAAAUAUGUAUGUUUAAAAUAAUUUUCAAAAUUAUCAUUUCAAACAGCAUAUAAAAUAUGGAAGUGGCUCAUUAAAAUAUCGACAUUGAAAAUGACUUGAAGUUAGGAAAGUAUUUUAAUUUUAGGAAAAACUAAUAAUCAAAUAGCAAACAUAUUAUUUCUGGAAAGCAUGCUUUUUCCUUGUUGCCAAAAACCAUGUUUUUUAAGAGUCCCACAAACUGAAAUUGUAAAUAUGAAUGAGAGGGCCCAUUUAGUUUCUUGAUAGUUUUGUACCAAAUAUAGGAACUUGUAUGAGGAAGUUUUAUUUUGUACUGCUUAAAAAUAAAUACAUAUUUGCUGUUUUUAAGAAGGAUGGUUCAGUUUAAAUAUAGCAUACUUUCUGAUUUCAUACUUUUUGCUUAAACGAUUGCUAGGAAAUGAAAAAGAAUUAGUUAAGAUAGGCAUCUUCAAACUCGGCCCUUUUAUGACUCAUGGACUUCAACUCCCAGAAUUCUUUAGCCAGGCAUGCUGGCUGAGGAAUUCUGAGAGUUGAAGUCCAUGAGUUAUAAAAGGGCCAAGUUUGAAGACCCCUGAGUUAAGACCUCUGAAAAAGUGGUCAUUUAACCCACAGAAUGGAAACUUCCUGUGUGUUUGGGGAGUGGCUCAUUUACAAAACUAAUUGGGAUACUGCAAUAUGAAGAUCAUAGAGACUAAUAGACAGCCCAGACCCAGCCCUUGGGUUGGGUUCAACAGAAAUGGUUCAUACAGAUCACAGGGAGACACAGAUAUUUGAAGUCUCAUUAUUUCAGUGGGGUGUAAAUGUGACUUUCUGAGACAAGCUACUACAAACCAGUGUGUUUAGGUAUGUUAAAGAUUGAAUUUGCAGAUUAUGUAGGUGCCAUUUAUUUGUACACGUGUUUACCGGUUAUAUAGGCAUUGAGUAUUUGUGAUACUCAAAGACUAGGUAGAAUUUUGCAAUCUGAUGUUUGAGGGCAGCUAGUACAUCAACAUUCUUCUGCCACAUAUUUUGUUGCAUGGUAACUGAUGAGGAAUUUUGUAACAAAAUUGCUUAUUUAUUCUGUAAGUUGAAGUGUUUGGGGUUGGCUGGAGGAAAAUAUUCUUCUGACUGUUUUAUCCUGAUAAUUUUGCAUAACUUGAAGAUUUUGUUCAAUUAUACUUUUGAUAUAAUUUGACCAAUGUAAAUGAAACCUUUUAUUUUUUAAUUCAAUGUAUGUGUUUAAUGCUGUACUGGUGGGAGAAAUGAAUUUUAAAUAAAUAAUUGCCUAUAAAACAUA